AUGGGAAUUUAUAACAUUAACCGAGUAUGCAAAGAUUUAUUAGAAAAAGCGUCUAUAAAAAUCCCGAAAGAUCUAGAUUGUAAAAUUUAUGUCGACGGUCUUGUAGUUUGGUAUUGCGGACACUUGAGUGAACAACUGAACAAAAGAGUGGCAACUAAAAAAUUAACUACAGUACUCAAUCAACUCGAAUUCGAGUUUAAAUUUAAUGUUAAGAGAAUAAAAAUAUACUUUGAUGGUACACCUCCGGCUUAUAAGAAGAAUUCUCAAAAUUAUAGACCGCGGUUAGCACGUGCAAUUGAAUCUUGGGGCCGCGAGUUGAUGUUCAAUGACAAGAGGAUCCAAGUAGUACGACUGCAGCACGGGGAAGCGGAAAGUGAAUGUUUUUUCCAACGUAAUGGCAAAUUAGCGUCUAUCAUCAUCACUAAUGACACCGACAUUUAUCAUAUUGUUUAUCGAUACCAAAGACUAACUGUUAACGAUAAUGUUUACUUUUACAUAAUCGAUAAGAAGGAAUUAUUUGAUGCGUCAUUGUUUGAAACUAUUCUUAAUAAAAACGCAUUCAAACUUUUGAUAUUUUUACGCGGAAGUGAUUACAAUGACCCACUAUUUACUCCACAGAUGGUUAAAUCCAUUCUCGAUCUAAUAAAUAGUAAAAAAAAUUUUAAUAUUGAUGACAAUCGAUACUUCAAAAUCAUUAAUAAGAUAAAUGAUAUUAUGACUCAUCUAACACCGCACAAUAUUAAUAAAUGUAUUUGUUACUUUAUACUACUACUGGGGUUUAUAAAAAAUCGGUCUGAUGAAGUAUUAUUUGAGUGGCCAAGAUUUAAUGAGAAUUUUAUACUAAAAGAAUAUUACAAAUUGCUUAUGUGGAUGAUCAACUACUCUAAUAUUGGUCGUAAUAUACGCGACUAUAAUGAUAAAGUUAUUGACAACAACGAUAGGAUUGAAAAAUUUCUUUACUUGACAAAUAUUUUUCAGGAAUCUUUUAAAACUAAAUCUAUGGAUUUUACUGAAAUGAAAUCUUAUGAAGAAUUUGAAGAAAUUAUUGACGACAUAUUUAUUAGUGAAAUAAAUGAAGCUUCGCCAGAUGAGAUUAAAUUUAAUUUAGUAAUUGAAUAA